AGCGGGCCGUAAAAAUUACCGCUGCAUGAUUGGUGAGUGAAGUCUCUCCGUCCUCCUCCUCACCCACCCCCACGCCGACCACCUCUCCUCCCCUCCCCAUUCCGGCAAACCCUAGCCUAGCCCCGACUCACCGCCGCCCAUGGAGGAGGACGCGGGCGAGGGCGAGGGCGAGGUCGAGAUCCGCGACUGGGCGGGGAUGCCGUCGGACGCGCUCUUCGCGGUGUUCGGGAAGCUGGACGUGGCCGACAUCCUGACGGGGGCCGGGCGGGCGUGCCGCGCGUGGCGCCGCCUCGCCGACGGAGACCCCGCGCUGUGGCGCCGCCUCGACAUGACCCACCACGGGGACAUCCUCGAGACCGAGGAGGCCGAGGCCAUGGCCCGCGCCGCCGUCGACCGCGCCGCCGGCACCCUCCAGUCCUUCUGCGCCGACACCUUCGUCACCGACGCCCUCCUCAGCUACAUCUCCGGCAGGGCACCCUCGCUGAAGAGCCUUCAACUCAGCUUGUGUGAUGAAGUAUCCAACGAGGCGCUGGCAGAGGCAGUCAAGGGCUUUCCUCAGCUUGAGGAGCUGGAGAUCACAUUCUGCUCACUGAACAGCAACGUGUGCGAGUUAGUCGGCAGAGCCUGCCCACAACUGAAAUCAUUUCGGCUGAACGAGCGCUGGACGAUCCUCCAAAGGGGGUUCGCGGCCUUUGAGGGCAUGGAUGAUGACACGGGAGCGCUCGGGAUCGCAAGCAGCAUGCCUGAGCUCCGAGACCUCCAGCUGAUCGGCAACAACCUGACCAACACCGGACUGGCCGCGAUCCUCGACCACUGCCCCCGCCUCGAGUCCCUCGACGUGCGCCGCUGCUGCAACCUCCAGAUGGACGACGCCCUGAGGUCCAAGUGCGCCAGGAUCGGGAACCUCAGGCUUCCUCGGGACCCCAUCUCCGACUUCAAGUACCGGGCUUACCUCACUAUCAGUGAUGACUACCCCGGCGGUUCCGACAUCGAGGUCGACAUGUACGAUGAUCUGCUGGACGUGGUCACCGACGACGAGGAUGCUGAUUUCGAUGACAUGGAUGAUUAUAUCGACGGCGUGGGCUCGGAUGCUGACAUGUAUGAUGACGUGUUCGAUGAUGUCUGAAGGAGCUGUGACCAGGACCGGGUUCUCACGUGGAAGGACAGGGAACUUGGUGCCGAAGCAAUGUGGUCUUUACCUGUGUUGAGAUUCUUGAAGCUGGGUUCACGCACUUUGUUAUCGAAGGUCGAUUCUCGUAUGUUUGUGUCUCCGGUGUGUUAACUGGUCUACUCUCGCUGUGAGACUGGGUUCGCUUUAUAUCUGUGAUUGUAAUUUACGCCGCACUUGUGAUUCGGUCACGCAAUAAAAUCCUGUAAAUUAAGUAUUGACACCAAUGUUAUGUCGUGUUAGGUUGAUGA